UUUUCUCCCAGCUGUGUUCCUCACACUCUGUACCAUGAAUGUACCCUGGAGUGGCGCAUGCGCAGAGCGGCAGACGGAAGCCGCUGCUGUGUGCUGGCGGUUUGGAGCCGCUGCCGUCUCUCCCAAUCAUUCCUCCUUCAAUGACUUGAACCGACGGACUUCUCCACUCACCUCUUCCUCUACUAAAUGCUGUUCAUGUGAAGAACCAGGAAACAGGAUCCUCUCUCUGACCGACUCAACUUGAAGCCUGCACAUAUUUGUCGAGACAGACAUUACAGCCAGGAGGAAGCACAACAGAGCUGAACAAACAAAGAGGCGGGGUGCACCCUGGACAGGUCAGCAGACUAUCACAGGGCUGACACAUAGAGACAGACAACCAUUCACACCUGUGGACAAUUUAGAGUCACCAAUUAACCUGCAUGUCUUUGGACUGUGGGAGGAAGCUGGAGUACCCAGAGAAAACCCACGCUGACACGGGGAGGACAUGCAAACUGUGGACAGAAGGGUCCCCCACCCCAGGGAGUGAGUGGGAGCAUCAUGUGGAGGAAGGCUUCAGCGGCAGCCCUGCUGGCGUUAGCUGUUGGCUAUUUCUACCAUGGCGGCCCAGUCGUGCCAGAGCAGAUCCUGCAGUACAUCAGCCUGCCAAACUUUCAGACAUCAUCUCAAAACAGCCACAACAGCCUGGAGCAGGUGAUCUCCGCUGCCUGGGAGACUCUGAUCACUCUGCCGACUCGACAGUGGAGCAAAGUGGCAGUAGGGGUGAAUGCCUGUGUGGAUGUAGUGGUCUCAGGAGUGGGCCUGCUGCAGGCUCUGGCUGUGGAUCCUGGCUCCGGCCUGGAUCAUGAAGUGUUGCACUCUAAAGAGGACUUGAAGGAGGCCUUCAUCCAUUACAUGGAGCGUGGAGCAGCUGCCGAGCGCUUCUUCAGCGACAGCGAGGCCUUUCAGAGGAUCGCACGUGCCGCAGCAGAGUACCCCGGUGCGAAGCUGUACGUGGGAGGGAACGCUGCUCUUAUUGGUCAGAGGCUCGCCACCUACCCUGAUCUGAUGGUUUUAUUAUGCGGGCCAAUUGGUCCUAAACUCCACGAGAUGCUGGACGAGCAGAUAGUCGUUCCCCCGGAGUCUCUGCAGGAGACGGAUGAAUAUCACCUCAUCCUGGAGUAUAAAGCAGGUGAGCAGUGGGGAUCAUCUGCGGCACCUCAAGCCAACCGUUUCAUCUUCUCCCACGACGUGUCCAAUGGGGAGAUGAGCUCACUGGAGACGUUCGUGGCGAGUCUGGACGAGUUUGAGCCCGACCUGGUCGUCCUGUCGGGGCUCCACAUGAUGGAGGGUCAGGGCAGAGAGCUGUGGGAGGAGCGACUCAAAGAGGCAGUGUUAGCCAUAUCUGAAAUCCGUAAAGAUAUUCCCAUCCACCUGGAGCUGGCGAGCAUGACGGACAAAGACUACAUGAACAGCAUCAUGCAGGAGCAGGUUAUGCCCAUUGUGAGCUCCAUCGGGCUCAACGAGCAGGAGCUGCUCUUCCUCUCUCAGGCCGGCGAGGGGCCUCACGCAGACAUGGAUUCCUGGAAAGGCAUUCCAGACGUGGGUCAAGUCAGCGACAUCCUCUUCUGGAUCCUGGAGCAGCACGGCCGCAGCGAGCCAUUGUCCGAAUCGGACCUGACUCGCAUCCACUUCCACACGCUUGCCUACCACAUCCUGGUCACGGUGGAUGGAUACUGGGGGAACCAGGCGGCAGCAGUGAUGGCGGGGGCGCGAGUUGCCAGCAGUCAGGCCUGCGGGCUCCAGGUGGUUGACGUUAGCAAAGUGCAGCUCAAAGCCCCGCUGGAGUUUUACAGCUCACACACUGAGCCGCGAGAGAAGCUGUCCCUGAACCCGACAGAGCCUGUCACCGUGUGGCGCAGAGGAAACAUCACCUUCCACAUGACAGCCGUGCUGGUCUGCAAGCAGCCGUUACGGACAGUAGGGCUCGGGGACGCCAUCUCAGCAGAGGGGCUAAUGUACUCAGAGUUAAAGACCCAGCAGCCCUUCUGAGGUUUGCUUCAAUCUGACACUCGGAUGGGAAAUGCUGAGAAGACUCGGUGAAGCUUCAUCCACAGCCGUGGUUGUUGGGUCGGAGUCAUGUUCCUGAACUUGUUCAGACCUCUGUGUCCUGAUCCAGGUUCUGUGUCUUCCUUCCCGAAGCUCCGCUGAGUUUAAGAAUGUGAUGGAUGGUGUUAGUUAUAAAUCCUGCCUGAUGACUCCUCCAGCCUGCUCCGGUCUCCUCUGUCCUCCCUCCUCGAAUCCUCCAGCAGAACUUUACAGAAGCAGAUCUGACGGAGCUGUGAGGUGGCCUGACUCUAUGCACCGGCCGCGGCUCGAAGCCAUCUUCACAAACUCCAAAGAGUUAUGCAGGCUCACCUAAUUUACUUUGACCUGCAUAUCUUAAGUAUGCCGUGCCUUGAGAACAUACCAGAGUUUAGGAUAUAUUAUAUUCACAUGUUAGAGCCAGACAAAUUUAAGCAUCACAUCAGUUACCCUCCUGAGAUAAACAUAUACACACACAUAUAUACAGUUAUGUUCAACUGGAAACUGACGAGCGUCUUACUAUAUUGUAGAAUCUAAGUGGUAUUCUCGAUGUUCUGUGUUUCUUCAACUUUUGGUGCAUUCACGUCAAAUAGUCACUAGAUCACUUGAAACCUCAUUCUCCCAUGGGUGUCUGACCUCUGAACGUGUGAUAACUGUUAACUAGAUAUACUUGACUUUUUGUUACUUGUCCCGUGAGGGUAAAAAUACUAGACAGUGUGACUAAGUCUGUGUUCUCUCAGUUUUUGGCCUAAACACUCCCAUUAUAAAGAUGUUUAUGAAGUCUGCAUAGUAAAAACAACAGUAACUAUAGGAUUAUUUUAAUUGCUGUUAAUAAAUUAAAUAAUUUUUUGAUGAAAUAAUGAAAUUCUACCACCUGGUUUUGAAGGGGAUCCUUCUUUAUGCAGUAGCGCUCAGUUUACAAUUAGGUGUCAGCUAAUUAACAUAAAGGUUGUGUUGGUGAUAAAACUUAAGGUAAAAUUAAAUUUCAAAAUCAGGUGUAGGCCAGAUGUUAUCAGGGUUACUGUACUUGUUUGUUUGUUUAUUGUUUUGUUUAUGGAGGCAAAUAAGAGACAUAAAUAUCUGAACAUUAACAGACAAUAAAUACUUAAUAUUGAAAUUUAAACACCACUGAACCCACAGCAUUGAAAUAUGUUACUUUGAAAAGUAAAGGGGCAAAUUUGCAUGUUCUCCCUGUGUCAGCGUGGGUUUUCUCCAGGUACUCCAGCUUCCUCCCACCGUCCAAAGACAUGCAGGUUAAUUGGUGACUCUAAAUUGUCCGUAGGUGUGAAUGUGAGUGUGUCAGCUCUGUAAUAGUCUGGUGGCCAGUCCAGGGUGUACGGGGGGAAAAAAAGAAUUAAAAUAUGAAUUUUUUUGCAAUUUCAAAAGCUGAAUUUGAAUACAAUGUUGUAAAUGUUCAUAUAAAGGGUUCCCACGGUCAUGGAAAACUCAUGUAAUUUCACAACCACGUUUUUCAGGCUUGGAAACGUCAUGAAAUUAGUCAAAAUCGUUGAAAGUUUUGGAAAAGUCAGGGAAUUUUGUUGUCUGUUUUAAUAAAAUUAUUACAGUAAUCCUCAAUGGAUAACCUUCCACUAAUGUAACAUAACAGCAAAUUUAUUUUCCAUAGCUGUUGAUGUAAUGUCGCUCUAAUACACAUCUGUGUGACGACGUUUUGUUUCCCUAUUAUGUACGUUUCUUCAUUUUCUCCUAGCUGAAAUUGAAAGGGGGAAAGAGAGUGGUACGACAUACAGCAAAGGGCUGUAGGUUGGAAUCAAACCCGCGGCUGCUGGGGCAAGGACAAAGCUUUUCUACAUGGGGUGCCCGAGUGAAAUAUGUUUACUCUUUAAAAAAAAAUUUAAAGACAAAGACUGUGAAUACAAAAGUAAAUACAAGUCAGACAGGAAAAGUGGUCACAAAAUACUGCAAAAACUAAAUUCUGUUCGAAAAGGGUUUUAAUCUUGAUAAGUUUAAAAUGAUAUGUUUGAAAAAACACAAGUGGGUUGACAUUUACAUUAUGAGUUCCUGGAAAGUCAUGGUAAAGUUUUUAAAUUUUGCCCAUGAAAAUGUGUGGGAAUCUUGAAUAUAUUUGGAUAAAAAAAUUCAAGUUUCAGAAUAAAAAAAGAAAUAUGUUCAUGACGCUCAAAUUCGAUUCAGAUCCAAAAAUUUGAGUUGAAAAACUUUAGAUAGCAGCAUCUCCACCUUCACAGCUUCCCCACACAGGAGAGGCAGUCGAGCCUGAAUGCAAUCAAACUGACUUCUGGUCAAUGAGAGCACGAUCUGUCGGUCAUGUGAUCCAAGAAAGCAGCUUGAAAACUGAAACCCAAAAAUGGCUACCAAUGAGAACUAUCGGACUUGAGUAAGUCCAGUUUUGAAGUUUUGAAACAUGAGAUUGUGGAUCUGAAUUUGUGAACACUAAAUAUAUAUUUAAAUUCAAGGUGAAAUUGUAAAUCAAGAAAUUUCAUAAUUUAAUUCAGAACAAAUAAAUUCAAGCACAUGGUUUUCAGGAUAAAAUCUUUAAAUGCUACGAAUUUAGUGGUGUUUAAAAUUCAACAUGAUGUUUUAGUUGUCCUUAAAAUUUAAAUAUUUAUGCCUCUUAUUUGCCUCCAUAUUUGUUUUUGCUUCCCUCACUUAUAAAAUGUGACUGUGCAAAAUGAUUGGUUGAAAUAUCUUAAAAGCUGUUCAGUGUAACCUACUGCCAGGAAAGCUAGCAUAUAGAUACAUCAUUCUUUUUCAUAGGUUGUUUAUUGUUUCCUUCUGAGUUUACUUGGGAACACCUGCAUCAUGUUAGACGUUUAGUACGUGACUGUCAGAACAAUUUAUUAUACCUCACAUGGCCACUGAAGGCAUGCAAUAAUGGAGUCUUAAUGCAAACAUACAACAACAAGAUGUAUGGCGUUUUGUUUAGCAGAAUUAAUUCUUUGCACUAGUACGAAGUGGCGGGCGCGCCUGCAGAGGUGAAUGUAACCUUAACUCCGAACCCCCCUUUAUUUUUAGCAAGUACAAUCUAUCCAUCUUUUCUCACUUGACUGUUUGUGUCUCAUGUUUUUAACACCUGUAACUGUCGACAAGUUUCAUUUACUUGUAGUUUGUCAUUAAAAUAUGUACGGAGAGUA